AUGUACACACUCAACUGCGCCGACGGCCUCUCCCUCGGCAGAGAUGUAUACGCCCUCGACAUAUACAGGACAUCCGUUGGUCUCGCAUCUAUCUCAUCAGACCAGUUUCUCUCUGUUCUCGACCCGACUCGUCUCUCUGCAGGUCCUCAGCGUCGUCUGCCCACUCAGCACGGCAACUUGACCACAUUGCAAGUGUUUGAUAGCAAUGCUUCGAUUGUGUGUACUGCUGGUGAGAACGGAACUGUUGGUGUGUGGGAUUUGAGACAGGGUGCGAAUGUUGAACAGAACUCCAAAACCACACAGCAUCCAUCCAUCUCUGGUAAGCACCCUCCCCUCUACGCCAAGUUCCUCUCUAACAACCCCAGGGACGUCCGCUCAACACCAUCAUCCAAAGCACACUACCAAGAAGUCCACAGUGACGACGUAACAGACCUAUCCUUCAACCCCUCCAACCCAGCUCUUCUCCUCUCCGGCUCAACAGACGGUCUCGUCAACGUGUACGACACCCGGGUUGCAGAUGAGGACGAUCUCACAGUACAGACCUGCAACGUCGACGCUUCUAUUCACCGCGCCGCAUGGCUUUCAGCGACAGAAGUAGCUGCUCUCUCCCACGAUGAGCGCUGUGCUCUCUACGAUGUUAGCGAGGAGCGCGCAAACGGCGAUGCCGUACAGGACUUUGGCGAUAUGAGAUCUGUUCUGGGAUGUCAGUACGUCGCUGAUAUUACGCCCAAAAUGGACGGCAGCGGGGCUAUUCUCGGUGCUGGAGCUCAAGAUAAACAAGGAUUUGAGCUUGUCUUCCUUGCUAAGAACCCCAAUGGCGAGGGAUGGGCGCUGGAUCGGGAGAACAGUGUUGGCUUGCCUGGUGCUCAUGGGGAGGAGAUUGUGAGGUCUUUCUGUUUCUUUGACGAGGCCCAUGUGGUGUAUACUGCUGGUGAAGAUGGAAAUGUGAAGGCUUGGAGGCCCAACUAA